AUGCUCUGCUCAGCCUCACAUCAACGCGGCGAAGAAGAAUCUCCUCCACAGGCGGCUGCGGCUAAAUGGGCUGACAAACGUCUCGUUUUGACGAGGGAUGUCCGUCAGAUGUGGUUGCCAUGGAAACAGAUAAGAUACCUAAAUUCGCCUCCAAGGACGAGGAAAUCAACUUUUGGAAGGCUCUCUACCUCAAGUACAAGACAAACUGCCAGGAGGCUCGCGAGGAGCUGCUGGAGUUCCAGGAGGGCAGCAGGGAGCUGGAGGCCGAGUUGGAAGCUCAGCUGGGCCAGGCCGAGCAUCGCCUGAAGGACCUGCAGUCUGAGAACCAGAGGCUGAGGAGCGAGGUGGAAACACUCAAGGAGAGGCUGGAGCAUCAGUACUCCCAGAGCUACAAGCAGAUCUCCGUGCUGGAGGACGACCUGGGCCAGACACGCAGCAUCAAGGAGCAGCUCCACAAAUACGUCAGAGAGCUGGAACAGUCCAACGACGACUUGGAGCGAGCCAAAAGGGCGACCAUCGUGUCUCUGGAGAACUUCGAGCAGCGUCUCAACCAGGCCAUCGAGAGGAACGCCUUCCUGGAGAGCGAGCUGGACGAGAAGGAGUCGCUGCUUGUGUCCGUUCAGCGUCUGAAAGACGAAGCCAGAGACCUGCGUCAGGAGUUGGCCGUGCGUGAGCGGCAGGCAGACGGGAGCAGGACGUCCGCUCCCGGCUCGCCCACGCAGGACGACGACAAGAUGGACUCGGCCGUGCAGGCGUCGUUCUCCGUGGCCGCCACGCCUCUGAGCAAAGGACUGUCCACGUUCUACGGCACCAACUCACCACUGACUCCCUCAGCACGAAUAUCAGCGCUCAACAUCGUCAGUGAUCUGCUGAGGAAAGUCGGGGUCCUGGAGUCCAAACUGGCGGCGUGCAGGAACCUGGCCAAGGACCAGAAGGCCAGGAAGGCCUACGCUCUGGACAACGGCAACAUCCUCAACGCAAACACAAGCGCAGGACACUCGCAGGCGCCCCGCAUGACCUAUUUGGACAAAGCCCUGGAGCCGGCGACCCUCACAGCCGUCACGGCCCCUCCUGGCGCAUCCUCAGCCGGUUUGGUGCCCCUCGCCGUUUGACUCUCAAACCACGCCCACACGUAGCCUCUGGUCCAGUCGCGGUGAUGUCAUGCGACUUGUCACACAAGUAAUAUGCAACUCAACCACCCACUCAGCAAUAAGGUAAACGGUCAAAGAGAGCGUCAACGUGCACGUCGAACAAAAUGUCCGAGCGGUCUCUGAAGAUGUCCUAAAGAAUUGUGUCCUCCUUAUUUAUUGAUGUUUUGUCCGUGUCCCACAUGUUUAAACAACGGCGUGAAGGAGCUGUGUUUUUUUUUUUAAUUUCAUGUGCUUUCUGACAAAGGCGGUCAGAGUGUGUGUGCCAUUGAACCGGUGGUCAUAUUGAUCGUUCACAUUCCAGUGGAAGACGGCAAACAGAAGUCAAGUCAUCAGAUUUUGAAUCCGCUUGGGUUCCUCAAGCCAACAAAGCACUUUGUUUUAAUUUAUUCAUGUGCAAUAUCACCUGUGUGUGGUUGUUGUUUGUAUAUUUAAUGAAUAAUAUUUAAAGAAAUGUUUCAAUAAAAAAAAAGUGUCCAUGA